GGUUUCGCAUUCGGAGUGUCGCUGUGUACAGGGAGCUCCCCGUUGUCCCCCCUCCCGCCCACCCUUGCGUGUGCAGAUGGACUCGGUCGGAGUUGCCGCCGACGCCGGGCCUGGCUCUGCUUGGCGGAGCAAGUGUCCAUGGGGAGCCCCUAACACAACAUCAAUAUCAUGUUCCUUUGCUGAUGUAAUGAGUGAACAGCUGGCAAAAGAGCUGCAGCUGGAAGAAGAAAAUGCUGCUUUUCCUGAAGUGGUUGCUGUUGCUGAAGGACCGUUUAUUACAGGAGAAAAUACUGACACUUCUAGUGACCUAAUGCUAGCUCAGAUGCUGCAGAUGGAAUUUGACAGGGAAUAUGACGCACAGCUUCGGCGUGAAGAGAAGAAGAUCAAUGGAGAUAGCAAAGUCUCCAUAUCCUUUGAAAACUAUCGGAAGGUGCAUCCGUAUGACAGUGACAGCUCAGAGGACGAGGUCGAUUGGCAGGAUACCCGUCAUGAUCCUUAUAGAGCAGAUAAACCUACUACUACACCUAGAAGGGGCUUCAUAGGAAAAGGAAAAGACAUUACUACUAAACAUGAUGAAGUGGUAUGUGGAAGAAAGAACACUGCUCGCAUGGAAAAUUUUGCACCUGAAUUCCAAGUUGGGGAUGGAAUUGGGAUGGACUUAAAGCUGUCAAAUCAAGUCUUCAAUGCCUUAAAGCAACACGCAUACUCUGAGGAGCGUCGAAGUGCAAGACUCCAUGAAAAGAAGGAGCAUUCCACUGCUGAGAAAGCAGUGGAUCCUAAAACGCGUUUACUUAUGUACAAGAUGAUCAAUUCUGGAAUGCUGGAGACCAUCACAGGCUGCAUCAGCACAGGAAAAGAAUCUGUUGUUUUUCAUGCAUAUGGAGGAGAAAAUGCAACUGAAGAUAAAGUUAUACCUCCAGAAUGUGCCAUCAAAGUGUUUAAAACAACUCUUAAUGAAUUCAAGAACCGUGACAAGUACAUUAAGGACGACUACAGAUUUAAAGACCGCUUUGGUAGACUGAAUCCACGAAAGAUUAUUCGUAUGUGGGCUGAGAAAGAAAUGCAUAACUUAACAAGAAUGCAAAAUGCAGGAAUUCCUUGUCCUAAAGUGGUUCUCCUUAAGAAACACGUCUUGGUUAUGUCUUUCAUUGGCCAGGAUCAAGUCCCAGCUCCUAAACUAAAGGAUGUAACACUUAGUAGUGAAGAUAUGAAAAAGGCCUACCAUCAGAUUCUUAAUAUGAUGCAGCAGUUGUAUAAGGAAUGCAACCUGGUCCAUGCUGAUCUGAGUGAAUACAACAUGCUUUGGCAUGAUGGGAAGGUGUGGCUAAUUGAUGUCAGCCAGUCUGUGGAGCCAACCCAUCCUCAUGGACUUGAAUUUCUGUUCAGAGACUGUAGGAAUGUUUCACAGUUCUUCCAGAAAGGAGGUGUGGCAGAAGCACUUAAUGAGCGUGAACUCUUCAAUGCUGUCUCAGGUUUAAAUAUUACAGCUGACAACGAAGUAGACUUCCAAGAAGAGAUUGAAGCCUUGGAGAAGAGGAAUGAAGAUCAUGUGCAAAAUCAUAGAAAGAAACUGUCAAGGUUUUCAAGCAGUGGAGACCCACCUAUAUUUGAUGAAUAGCACUGACCGUAUAGCUGCUCCUGUAACAAAACACAAGUUUACUGCUUCUAUGUUGGUGCAGUGGUAAAUGCCAACUACCCGUAUCAAGAGAGAGUGUGGUUGACUGUGAAUGCCAAAAUGGAAAACACAGCGAGUGUAUGGUGAUGCCUCAGUGGUUUUAUGUUUUAACUUAGCCCACACGUCAGGCUGGCACUGUGAGAAUUGACUCUCACUACCUCUUCAGAUGGUCUGACAACUUCACCAACUGCCCAGGUUCAUUAGAUGAAUGUAGCCAAGGUGGUCAUAUUUUGCAUGAUGGAGAGCUUAUAUGUUCUAGUUUUUUAAAAAAAGUAAACACCCCCCCUUCUCCCUUCCCUCCCCACCCCCCCUCCCGGGCCAAAAACCUUUAAAAAUCAUUGAUUGUCUAAGAUACUUAGUGGGAAAGCACACUAGGACAGUCCCUCUUUCCUAUUGCUACUUGUAAAACUAAACACUGUAUGGACACAGUGUGGGUGAAUCUCUUAUCCUUCUCCAUCAGGGGCAAAAUGAAGACUAUGCACUGCAGCAUUUGUAUGAAAAUGUUCAUUUAACAAACCACUUUCUUUAUAAAUGAAAAGUCUGGACUUUUAAUUUGAAGUACAUGGAAUGUGGCUGUGAUUGUAUCUGUAAAUACAACUGGCUGUUAGAAGAGAAACAGUUCUGAAUUCAACCAGCAGAGGACCUCCUUGGUGAUGGAAUGCUGAGGGCUGCAUCCAAGUUGCAUAGCUGUGUGAGAUCAGUUGGCUUCAUUCUUGAUAUACAGAUAGUUCAAAGUAGUCAAUUCUUGAUAAUAUUCCUGUCUCUAAACUGAAAUUCUGGGUAGAUCAUCAACCAUUCUUACCACAAAGAUAAUCAUAACUAUGAAAACUAAAUGCUGAUCAUUGUUAUUUUUAAACUAAGCUUUCUGCUUACAAGUACAAAAGAAAUACUCAGUUUUGUCUUUUUCAUGCUUUUAUUCUUAAUGUCAGUCCUUUUGUUGUAGCAGGUUCUAAAAACCUAGCAAUGUUUCUCUCCAGUGCACUUAAAGAUGAACUGAUGUAGUGGGAUAGUUUGAAAUUAAGAAAUUCUGAUCAGCUUCUUUUUAACUGGUGACUGUUUCUGCUGCUGCUCUUUAACAAGAGCAGAACAGAGUGUGGGUACAGUGGCAUUCUCACAGUGUGCUGUGAAAAUGAUAUUUUUUCUUCUUCAUUUUUGUUGGAAAACUGAUGGUGAAGUAAAAACUUAACAUUUUGUGGUAGUGUUUUUGCAUGGUUCUUGGCAUGGUAUAGGCCUUCAAGGAUUCCUCAGUGCAUUAGGGUAGGAUUGCACUAAUGCAUCCUAACAACUACUACAUAAAUAGUAAACAGCCUUGAUGUUUAUGCCGGUUUCAUCCCAGUACUUGGAUACUCUUCCGCUUUCUAGAUGGGAGAGUUGUCUUGCACUUACACCUCACUUUUGAAAUAAAGGAACGGAGGUCUUUUGGA